AACAAAUUUUUGAAAACGAAAUUUUAAAUGAUUGUAACUAACUUUAUAAAAGUAAUAGAAAUUAUUGUCCGAUUUCGGCGAUUUUAUAUUUAUCUAUUGAAUAGUAAAGCGACUAAAGGUAUAAACAAGGAAAAAUUGAUAAUCCACUAAUUGAAGCAGAAAAUAUGGAUACUCAAAAUAUAAAAGAAGAAUAUGUCGAUGCAGAUUUUCCGCCGAUUAAAGAAGAAAAUAUUGAUGGAAUCGUAGAACUUUAUUCAUGUGAUUUUUGUGCUCAAUUAUUUCCCACUGAAGAAAGUUUAUACGAGCACGGACGAAUUCAUUCCUUCGAGGAUCUUCAUUCAAGUACCGAUGCAAGACCUUUUUCAUGUAAUUAUUGUGGUAAAACAUUUACACAUCGACACCAUUUAGCUGAUCAUCAACGAACUCAUACCGGAGAAAGACCUUUUACAUGCGGUUUUUGUGGGAAAUCAUUUUCGAAUUCAAGUAGUUUCAGUCGACAUAAAAAGACUCAUAACGUAGAAAAACCAUUUUCAUGUAAUUUUUGUGACAAAGCUUUUAAUCAACAGAACAGUUUAGUUGAUCAUCAACGAAUUCAUACUGGUGAAAAACCAUUUUCUUGUGAUAUUUGUGAGAAAAGUUUUACGCAUCGACAACAUUUAGUCACUCAUCAACGUUCUCAUAAUUGGGAAAAAUCGUUUACAUGUGAUGUUUGUCAAAAAAAAUUUACUUUAGAGUUAAGUUUAAUGGAACAUAAACGAAUCCAUACUGAGGAAAAAUCAUUGCCAUGUGAUAAUAGUGAUAAAUCGUUAAGAAAUCGACGAAUUAAUAAUGAAAAACGAUUUUCCUGUGAUGCAUGUGAUAAAACAUUUCUCUUACAUCAUCAUUUAGCUGAUCACAAACGAACUCAUACUGGUGAAAAACCAUUUUUUUGUGACACUUGUGAUAAACCAUUUUCCACCGCAAGCAGUCUAGCCAGACAUAAACGAAUUCAUGGUGGUGAAAAACCAUUUUCAUGUGAUGUUUGUGAUAGAAGCUUUCUUGCCCAGAAAAAUUUAUUCGUUCAUAAACGUCUUCAUACGGGAGAAAAGCCAUUUUCGUGUGAUUUAUGUGAAAAAUCAUAUCCAGAUAAUGGUAGCUUAACACGACAUAAAAAGAGUCAUAAUAGACGUGAAAGUGUCAUUUUUGAUAAACGAACUUAUACGGAUUGUGAGGGAAAAUCUUUUUUUUGUAAUAUUUGUGAUAAAAAUUUUCCAGAUUGUGAUCAUUUAGAUCAACAUAAACGAACUCAUGAGGAACAUUUGAAAAUAGAAUCAGAAAUUGAAGCUGAAACUUGUGCCAAUCAGGAAAAUUCAUUUUCUUGUGAUUUAUGUGAAAAAAUAUUCGCAAAUCGGGAGGAUUUAUUUGAACAUACUCAAAUUCAUAUUGAAGAAAAUUCGUUUAAUCUGAAAAUUAUACCAAAAAUUGAAUCUGAAACGCAUUACCUUGAACCUGAAACAAAUAUAAUUCAGAAUGAAUUAUCUCAUCACGCAAAGGAAAAAGAAUUUUCAUGUGAUGUAUGUGGAGAAAUAUUUACAGAUCAAGGAAAUUUAGUUAAACAUAAACAAAUUCAUAGUGAAGAAAAUUCGGAUAAUCUAAAAAUAGAACCGGAAAAUGAAGUUGAGACACAUAAUUUUCAAAUAGAACCCGACCAUGAAGAAUUUGAAACUGAAACGAUUAUAAUUCAGCCUGAAUUUAUUCAAACAGGCGAUAAAUUUUUCGAAUGUGAUAUAUGUUUUAAGAUUUUUAAUUUUCGGCAUAAUUUAACGGAUCACAAACGAACUCAUACGGGGGAAAGACCAUUCUCUUGUGAAUUUUGUGAUAAAAGAUUUAAUCAACGUACUGUUUUAACGAAUCAUAGACGUAUUCAUACUGGGGAAAAACCGUAUCCGUGUGAUGUUUGUGGGAGAAAAUUUUCGGCUCGAGGAAAUUUAAUGAAACAUAGACAAACUCAUAAUGGAGAGGAAUCGGAUCAUGAAGAAAAUCGAAACAAAACAAUGAAAAUUCAACCUAUAUUCACUGAAACGGGGGGGAAAUUUUUCGAAUGUGAUGUUUGUUUUAAGAUUUUUAAUUUUCGAAAUAAUUUAGUUGAUCAUAAACGAACUCAUACGGGAGAAAGACCGUUUUCGUGUGAAUUCUGUGAUAAGACAUUUAAUCAACGUACUGUUUUAACGAAUCAUAGACGUAUUCAUACGGGGGAAAAACCAUUUUCGUGUGAAUCGUGUGGGAAAACAUUUGCGGCUCGAGGAAAUUUAAUGAAACAUAAACAAAUACAUGUCGGAAAUGAACCGUUUAAUUCGAUAAUGGAACCUUUAGAUCAUGUAUUUAAAAAUGAAGCAAGUAUAUGCUAAAAACACUUUUGUUCAUUCGAACAAAAUCCGUCCUAAAAAAAUUGAAAAAUAUUAUAUCGAGAAGAAAAAAAAUUUGAUGUUUUGGAGUUUACUCCUUAAGAAUCAAUUUGCUUAAAAGAAGCUCGAUAUGAGAAAAAUAUGAAGAGCAAACUUCGUUAUGUUUUUUGUGCGCAACCUUUCGUGCGCACUUUCCACUUUUUAGUAAUGCGUGUGAUUAACUUAUGUGUGCUGUCGACAAAGCAUUUAUUCUUUGAAACUGACAAUAAUCAGACGGACACAGCAAACUCUAAAACACAUACGAACCGCGUACAAAUAGAUGUGUAGUUGUUACUCACCAAUACAGAAUUAUUAAGAUAAAAAGCUGGUUUUUAUGACGAAAGUGGAGGAGGGGAGUAUAACCUCAAUUUGAUCGUCCUAUAUUUUUACUGGAUGAAAUUUGACACGUUAUGGAGCUAAAAUUUUCAAAUAUUUGAAGAUUGCUUGAAAAUUCUAGUCUAUUGGAUAAC